AUGCGACCUUCAAUUCUCCCCGGCCAUGUGGCCCUUGUGCUGCUGGCCGCGUCGCUGCUUUUCGGCCAGGGCUGCUGCCGCCCGGCGUGGGGCUCAUCCCGGGAGGCGCUGGAAGAGGCGCCGCAGGGAUCGAAGGAGGCGUACGUGACCCUGCUGUACGGGGACGAUUUCGUCCUGGGGGUGAGGGUGCUCGGCCAAUCCAUCAAGGAGACCGAGACCAACAGGUGCCAGAGGCUGGAGGCGAUGAGGCGGCCUGUUGGCGCGAGCAAUGCGAAUGGAGAUCGUGUUGUUCUGGUCACUGGCGACAUUUCGCAAACUUCCUUGAAGACCUUGGCCUCAGAUGGGUGGAGGGUGAAGAAGGUGGAGACAGUCUCCAAUCCUGCAAAGGGGCCUCACCCUGGCGGAUUUCCAAAGCGAUUUUGGGCUGUGUACACAAAACUGUCCAUUUUCAACAUGGUAGAGUAUGAAAGAGUCAUCUACCUUGAUGCUGACACAGUAGUGACCAAGAACAGCGACGUCCUCUUCAGCUGCCCAGGAUUUUGCGCCACCAUGCGUCACUCAGAGCGCCUCAAUUCAGGCGUCAUGGUGGUAUCACCCUCUGCAACAAUGUAUAGUGACAUGAUGAGCAAGAUUGAAUCAUACCCCAGCUACACAGGGGGAGACCAGGGAUUUCUCAAUGCCUAUUUCCCAGACUACAUGAACUCCAGAGUAUUUGACCCCAAUGACACCUCCAAAGAUGCGGCUGCUCAGAUGAUGAGGCUGCCAACUGCUUUCAAUGCGGAUAUUGGACUGUACGUGAUGAAUUCAAACAGAUGGAUGAUCCCCAAAGAGAACAUCUAUAUAAUCCACUUUACACUUGCUACCUUCAAACCAUGGAAUUGGUGGACGCCGUGGAUCAUCAAGGAGACCAAAGUUUGGCAGGCCUUCCGUGAGAACCUCCCUAAAGAUUCCCUUGGCUACAGCCAUGGUGUCACAGCCACCCAGCAUUUUGCGCAGUUCUGGAUGGUCCUCAUCCCCAUUGUCAUGGGUGCCCUUCUUGUUCGGAGGUACCUGUGGCGUGCAGGGAUCGGCAGCGCAUUCCAUGCCCACCCAAUGCCAGGCUCACCCCGGUCAGGAGGGCCUUUGGUGUUGGCUCGUUCUAUGGCCCCCAGGCAUUUCACGGGUUUGUCCAUCGUCGUUGGCUACCUGACCAUCUUGGUGCCCCUGGCCAUCACCUUCUCGUUUGUGCCAAAGCAUGUUUAUCCAAUGUGGGGUUGGAUUCUCGCGUACGAGUGGACGCUCUUCUUACACUUCUGUCUAUUCGGACUGUACCUGGGGUGGUGCUAUCGCUGGGGAAAGGCCUCAUCGUCGCCUUCCUCCCAAGUGCACAAGGUAUCCGGCCUUGCCAACCGCCCUUGGAGAGCAACGCUGAAGGGGGCUGCUGCAGGCACGGUCGCGCUCGUGCUGUGCCCCUGGCUGGCGGACAUCCUUCUGGUUCAGUCGUUCGUGGUGAAGCUCAUGAUGACCAUUUUUGUGGGGAACGUGGCAACCAUCCUGCUCACGCAUGUCUACGCCUCUCUGCCGGUCAGGUGGCUCGCCUGUGGGAAGUGCGAGGGCUACACCAAAUCAGAGCAAGUCAUCUGA